UGACUGUAAGUCAUAGCAGGUGAGAACGCGACCGCUGACGUAAGAAUGUGGGCGACAGUCAGGUGCGGAAUCUUCAAACGUGGCUCAUGAAUAUUAAUUAGGGUAAGCACACGUUUAAAGAUGACGCAAUAAAUAUUCAUCAUGGUUUGUGACGACUGUGGUGGUGACACAAAGACCACUAUUAUCACGAAGUAUAACGGCCACAAGCAGGAAAUUCCCGCAUUCAAGGACAACGUAAAAUAAUAUCAGAGCUGAUUAAAGAGCAAAGAAGGAAGGAAAAAAAGCCAAGAAGAACAAUACAAUAAAGUUAGUUCCUGAAAAUGUCUGGAGCGGAGUUUGAUACUGAGUUUCUUUACAUCCUACCCGCGUCUGUUAUGAAUGACUUCACACGGUUUAUGGACUCACUCUCACGCUCAGAUUGGAUAUUAUUCGCUUCACAGGUAAUAUCAGACCAGACCGAACUACGCCUUUUGGAGCAAAGCCCCAGACGGACAGACGACCUCAUGCACAAAUGGGGCUCUCGCAACGGGACGGUCGGAGAACUGCUGAAGAUUCUUGAGGGCUUGCAAUUCUAUAGGGCCCGUGAUAUCAUCCUUAAAUACAGAUGUAUACUGCAGUUUUGCUCAGAGCAGCCUUCAACCGUGCCACCAGUCCCUGCAUGUCAAAGCAGUACAGUCACCUUUGUCAAAGAGUCUCUCCCUGUGCCCGAAGUCAGGCCUCUACCCAAGCCUAGCCCCCCACCGCCUGAUCUGGACUCUGUGAAUUCAAGAAUCUCCAAUAUAGAGAGCCUGUUUGAGAACAGCGUGGAACCCCCACCUUUUUCCUCCACUGCGAUGAGCUGGCCGUUUGAAGAAGUACAGAGAUGCACAUGCAACUUUUCCCCGUGCAAGCAUAUUGGAGAAGGAGGUUUCGGACACGUGUAUAAAGCUGUGAUGAGAAACACAGAGUUUGCUGUGAAGAAGCUGAAAGAACGUCCAUCUUUUUUCUCUCUCUCUCUUUCAUGUGGGUGUUCGGAGCAGGACUCCCAUUUGGACUGGAAUGUCGUGAAGGAAAGUUUCAGGACGGAAGUAGAAAAGUUAUCACAAUACAGACAUCCCAACAUAAUGGACCUUGCUGGAUACAGUAUAGAAGGACAAACUUAUUGUUUAAUAUAUGCUUAUAUGCCAAAUGGCUCUUUAGAGGACCAGCUUCGAUGUGAGGACAGUAACGCCCUCUCUUGGUCACAACGUGUAAAUGUGUUGCUGGGCACUGCCAAAGCUAUUCAGUACCUGCAUUCAUGCUCACCUGCACUCAUUCAUGGAGAUGUCAAGAGCUCUAACAUCCUUUUAGGGAAUCACUUGGAGCCCAAGCUAGGGGACUUUGGAUUGGCACGUUUAUGCCGGAACCCCAACAAAGCCCCAGGCAAGACGUCCACCGUGGCUAAAACCGCUACGGUCCGGGGAACUCUUGCAUACCUCCCAGAAGAAUACCUGAAGGAUGGACAGCUUGGAGUGGAGAUCGACGUCUACAGCUUUGGAGUGGUCAUGCUAGAGGUGCUUACUGGGCGGAAGGCUCUGGAGGUCGAUGCCCAAUCCAGAACGGUUUACUUGAAAGAUUUAGUAAAAGAGGAGGAAGAUGAUGGAAGAAGCUUCAGCAAAGGGAAGCACUCGCGGGAGCUGUCCUAUGCUUGUGCAGCGGAGAACAUCUGCAGGAAACAUCUGGAUCCUCGACUGAAGUCUAAAGACAACCCUACCCCGCAUGGAUCGAUGGAAAUCUCUCAGCUGGCGUGCCAGUGUUUAGACCGACGACGGAAGAAGAGACCUCGCAUGACGGAAGUGUUCAAAGCACUUCAAGAUGUGCAUUCAGAGUUGAAGACCUUUGGCAGAUCGACCACGGUCAGAAUGUCUCCCGUAUCAUCUCAUCCAUCCACCCCUGAGCCUCUGUGCUCCGACAGCAGCUCCCUGGACUCUCUCGCCCAUCAGUUCUCCAAACUCCACCCUCAAGAGAGCACAUACCCCUGCCUUCACAAGACUGUCUAUCCCACCGAGACUCUGUCUAGCUACUCAGAGUCAGAGUUGAAUGCUGAAUCAUGGGCUUCACAGUCCUCUGGCAUGCCGUGUGAAUCGGAUGAGAGUCAAGGCUUUUCUCAGUACUUGACGAGUCACUGUAGCAGAGCUCAGGAGACAUCGUGUGGGGCCUGCGGCAUUCAGAACACCAAAACAAGUGGUUCUUUAGUGGAAAGCCCUUCACAAUCCAGUACGAGUAAAGAUUUUUCUGACCAGAGAGUGUUUAUCAAUCCUACAAGGCAGCAACUGGUCCAAAAAAUUGAGCUUUAUGAAGAGGGAAGGAUUUUAACUUCUGAUCUGUUGUCAUCAGGCACCUCAUUAUAUCGAGGGAUGAAUGCUGAAACGAGGGAGCCAGAAGAGAGUGAUGAGUUUGCAUGUGAGACAUCUGGAAUCAACAUGCAGUUGCCUGCUGCAGUUUAGCACUGGAUGUUUGGGACCAAGCAAAUAUGUUGUUCAAAUAUUACAUGAAAUUAUGGUUAUGGUAGAGAAAAUGCCUCCAUAAAUACCUCUGCCAAAGCUGCAGAUGUAUAAAAAGUGGUAUGGAUGAAGAAAGCUCUGUAGUUAUGUACCUGUGAAUCUUGACUGACAAGCCAAAGAAAUAUAAAAGUGCAUAAUUUUUUGUUAUACUCCUGAUGUUUUGGCGACCAAAUGUCUGCUUGUUGUUGUUUUUUAUAACAUAGUGAAGCUUUUGGAUUAUGGACAACACACCUACAUGUAUGAGAGUACUGUUUAACAUGACUAAUCUGUCUCUAUGGUUCUAACUGGUGAUUAUGUCAUAUAAAUUAAACAUUUAGUCUGUGCAAUUUUCAUUAUGUAGCAGCAAUUUUACAGAUUUCUACAAUCAGCCCUUUACUUUUUAACUAUAUAGACUGACACUGUAAUAGAAUAACUUGAAAACUUGUUAUCAGAUUCAACUAUUUAAUCUGCUCUGGUUUUGGUCAUUUGUUUGUGUGAAUGAAAUUCAACUCUUGUUUAUUGGCAGUGGAGUGUUUUAUAAGCAUAUAAUAUUUACGUGAAUUAUAUGAUUACCAGAGAGUUAUUUCAUGCAGAGACUAUGAAUGGAGAUGGAAGAAACUGCAAUAUUAACCAUGGAUUAUGUUACAUAAUAAAAAUAUAUUUUACAUUA